CUCCCCCACGCUGUGCAGCCAUGGCGUGUGAGGAAGGAGAAACUCUUCCAAGAGCUCACAGGGCGCCCUAGCAGCCCCCAGCCUCGUCACCUCCCAUGCCCAGGAGAGGGGCCCGACCCAUCUCGGCGGAGGGAUCCGCUCGCCUCCUCGAGCCUCCGCCCAUUUCUGCUUCUGCUUUUUUUUUUUUUCUUUUGCAAGAAAAUAAUUUGACAGCGAUUUGCUGACACUGGGAUUUUGCAUCAGCGAUUACAAGAAAGAAACCCCCCAACAACCUCUCCCCCGAUCACUAGACGGGGCGCGCAAAGGGGGAUCAUGCAAAAGAAGCCAGCUCAGGAAGACAUUAGAAAGUUGAUCUCAAUAAUACAACAACAGGUUGGUACACAAGUAAUCAGUAUCUGCGUGACAGUGAUGGCGACAUUGUAGACUAUACACAAGAGGACCACAUGCCCCACCUCCCAAGCUGGAGGUACCUGGCAUAGUGAAUCUAUUGUUUUCAUUUAAGAUUUGUGUUUUGGACUUUUUCAAAGAUGUGAAGCAGCAUUAAUCUGAAAUUGGAAUUGCAAACAGACCAGAAGGAAUUAGUCCUUGUAAUGUAAAUGGACAAGCUGAAUAAUAACAAAUUCUAGCAAUUUUUUCCCCGUACUUGGAAUAUCUCAGGGUCUACAAGUUUAUGGUUUUUGUGCCUGUAAGAUCAGGAUAAAGGUGACCAAAAAUGGGGGACCAGCAGUUGUACAAACCUAACCACACUGCCAACAGCAAUGAGAAUUUGUAUUACCAACCACACCAAAUGAACUCUCUCCCCCCUUUAAAUCACAGCUAUGGAACAUCAGGCAUGGAUGCUUCUCAGGCUUCUCCCCUCUCUCCCCAAUUCCCCCAGGAUUCAAGAGACAGCAUAGCUUUGAAUGUAGGUUCAAAAAACAUUGGGUCAGUGGACUCCUCUAGACAAACAAGUUGGACACAUACUGGCUCAGGAAACCACGUUCCGGUAAGGAACAAUCAGAAUGCCAUGUGGAGCCCGUUAGGGCAGAGUGAAUCUGCUGAUGGAUACCAAUAUUCCUAUUCUCAAGCCAAUGAACUUCGGUCACAAAAACUUACUAGUGGAGUUUUACAUAAAUUGGACUCCUUUACACAAGUAUUCGCUAACCAAAAUUUAAGAAUUCAAGUCAACAAUAUGGCUCAGGUCUUGCAUGCUCAGUCUUCAGUGAUGGAUAAUGCCAGUGACAGUGCACUUAGACAGCUGCUGUCUCAGAAGCCUGCUGUUGAGCAACAAUCUGUAACUUCCACUGUGCAAAGAUAUCAGCAAGGGCCACAGCAAGUACACCAGAAUUUUGCAAGCACUCAGCAAAAGCAGCAAAUGCAAGUCAUGCAGCACCAACAACAGUUGUAUUAUGAUUACCAGCAACACUUAUCUCAGCUACAAAUGCAUUCUGCAAUGCAACAAGGACAACCACAUGUGCAACAAAUGCAGUCUCCGCAGCUGUUACCGCAACAGAUACAACAGUUGCAGCAGACUCAAUAUUAUAUGCAGCAACAGCCACAGCAGGGACAGCAGCGGCUCUCAAUACAAGAGAUCCAGCAGCAACAGCAACAAAGUCGGCAGCAACAGCAGAGGCAGUGUCCAAUGCAAAUAGCUCAGUAUUAUCAAACACAACCAGUUAUGCAGCAGUUACAGUUGCAGCAGCAGCAGCAGCAACAACAACAACAACAGAUGCAACUGCAUCUUCCUGCCUAUCAUAGGGAUUCUGACCCAAAAACCGUGCAUGAAACACACCAGUACUCCCAGGAUCAAGCUCAUCCUGUACAGCUUAUACAGUUGGGAACAAUGCCUCAGUAUUUCUACCAGGAUCCACAGCAGCAGUAUAGGCAUUUGUAUCCACAAAGUGUAUUGCAACAACAGCAGCAACAAGAAGACACCGAUGCGCAAAAGCAAUACCAGAAUGACAAUAGAUCUCAAGUUCUGAUGAACUCCCACGUUGGCCUGAGUGUGGCAGAGGCACUAGAGGAUACUACACGGCAGGAAAUUAAUUCUGUAGGUAACGCUGGCUCUCAUCGGACUCUUUUAGCACCCUCGGGUAUCCAUCUAAAUAACAAAGGGUCCCAGCAAGAGUCUCCUAGUGCCAUUUGGCCUCAGCAGAUUCAACUGUCUGAUGGCAGACUGCAGCAGCCACUGACCCCUGAACCAAGUGGCCCAAACAAAGCAACGUUUCCUGAGAGAUCCCAUAUAAAGAGCAAGCUAACAUGUUCAAUAUGCUUGAAGGAAUUUAAGAGUUUACCAGCACUAAAUGGUCACAUGAGAUCACAUGGAGGAGUAAGAGCAUCUCCUAAUUUUAAACAGGAUGAAGGAGAGAAACCACCACAACAGCAGCCGCCUAAAGAGGUGGAUAGCCUCGCACCUAUCGUCAUGCCCGUUUCUGUCCCUGUAAAGCUUCUGUCGCCUGAGCCCAGUGCGCAGCCCGCUACCAACAGUACCACAGUUAAAGACAAGCCUGCCAAUUCUGUGUCAGAUGACGAGAUGCCAGUUCUCAUGAGGAUGACUUACUCUCCACCGUGCAGUCCAAAAGUGGCCACCCCCUGCUCAUCUUCUGAACUUGGCAGAAAACAGCAUCAAAGUGCUACAAAAUUGGAAGAAGACUUCAAAUCCCUGCAGGACAAGAAAAAAUAUCGACAUAGACCUGAACCACUCUUCAUACCUCCUCCUUCCUUCAACUUCAGUGCAUCCUACUCAGGAGCUACUCUGUAUCAAAGCCAACUUCGCUCUCCCCGCAUUCUAGGAGACCAUCUCCUGGACAGGACACAUGCGUUUCCUCCCUAUACCCCACCACCUAUGCUUAGCCCAGUACGCCAAGGAUCUGGGCUCUUCAGCAGCGUUAUCACAUCUCAUAAUGCAUCUCACGCCCAGCUGCCGCUUACUCCUUUGACACCCACUCCACGGGUGCUCCUAUGUCGAUCUAAUAGUAUUGAUGGAAGCAGCAUUCCAGUGACUCCAGGGCCUGGAGAACAGACUGUUGAUAUAGAACCACAGAUCAAUAUUGGAUCAAGAUUCCAGGCUGAUAUUCCUGAACUUCAAGACCGAUCAUCAAUGGGGAGAGAUAUGCACAAGGCAACUUUGGUUUGGAAACCAUGUCCAGAACUGGAAAACAGAGUCUUCCAACGAAGAGUGGAAGACCUUUUAAAUAUGUGCUGUUCAAGCGUGUUACCUGGUGGAGGAACUAACUCAGAAUAUGCAUUGCACUCCCUCUUUGAGUCCAAAGGGGAUAUUAUGGUUGCCCUGGAAAUGCUGCUGUUGAGGAAGCCAGUAAGAUUGAAGUGUCAUCCUUUGGCAAAUUACCAUUAUGCUGGAUCUGACAUGUGGACACCUCUAGAAAGAAGGCUGUUUAACAAAGCAUUAUCCACUUACAACAAAGAUUUUAUUUUUGUACAGAAAAUGGUUAAGUCUAAGACAGUUGCACAGUGUGUGGAAUACUACUAUACUUGGAAGAAAAUCAUGCGUCUGGGACGGAAACACAGAACACGUCUAGCAGAAAUAAGAGAUGAAUGCCUGACAAGUGGGGAAGAGGAAGAUUUAGAGGAUGAGGAGGAGAUGGAAGAAGAAAGAAAAUCUGUAAAGGAAGAAGAAAGUGAAAUGCAGAAAUCUCCUGAACCACCACCUAUAGGUCUUGGUGCACCUGUAGACCUGCCACCCCUUCAGAGUCUUACGUUUUCUGCAGCCUCUUUUAUCUGUGAAAUGCCAAACUGUGGUGCUGUGUUCAGCUCCAGACAAGCACUAAAUGGCCACGCUCGCAUUCAUGGUGGUACAAACCAGGUGACAAAACCACGAUGCACUGGUCCAGGUACAAAGCAAAAGUCUGGCACGCAGAGUGGAUACUGCUCAGUCAAGAGUUCCCCUGCCCACAGCACAACAAGUGGCGAGACAGACCCAACAACAAUUUUUCCUUGUAAAGAGUGUGGCAAGGUGUUUUUCAAAAUCAAAAGUCGCAAUGCUCAUAUGAAGACCCACAGACAACAGGAAGAACAGCAAAGGCAGAAGGCUCAGAAAGCUGCUGUUGCAGCAGAAAUGGCAGCCACUAUUGCAAGAACUACUGGGCCAGUUGGACAUGAUGUGAUCCCUCUGGAUCACUUGAGUUUGAUUAAACACGUUGAGCAUGUAGAUGACCUUGAAGAUGAUGUUGUUCCGGAGUUAGGAGAUGUCAUGGAAGAGACUGAAGUCAUGAAUGCUGACCUCUUGUUGGAUGAUGAAGAUGCAGAUUUACUUCAGGAUGAUGCUGAGUUGUAAAUGUAGAGUUGUCACAUGCAGACAGCUACUGAAAACAUCCUGAAUGUAUCAGUCAGGAAACCUGGACAAACUGUUUAUUUCCCAUUGAUUUUAAACUACCUGUUUAAAAAUGGUAAUUCUUUUAUCCAGGUCUAGGGAAAAGAUAUGCUUCCCACCCAUUUUUUAAUCAGUUUGUUUGUUGGGGGAAAAAUAAAUAAUUGGCACAAAUAUUCUUAUAAGGUGUUUUAUCUGGGUUCUGCUUCACUGAGAUUAUUCAAAACCACAAAUAUAACAGAGAAAUUCAUGUUUCUAUUUCCAUUUCUUUCCAGCCUUUUUAUGGGAGGAACUUUAAUCUUUAACUCUUCAGAAAUUUCUUAUUCUCAGUUCAGUAUAACCUGGACUGUUUCAUUUUACAUGUCUCAUUUUGGUCCUAUUUACCAGGAAGGAGCUAUUGUUGUGCACUUCUGACUGGAUUAAUUGCCUACAAUGGAUCUUGCAGUGUUUUUCUGAUAGUACUCCAUAUUUGUUGGAGAUGCUGACUUGAUGUGUUCUUCUGUUUUGCAUUCUUGUUGUAUCUGUAACAAAAAGAAAUCUGACUAAAUAUGAAAUAAUUACAAGAGUGACUAUCAUCCAUUCAGCAGAACACUGCUCAACCUGUACCUGUUAGUCUGCUUGCAAAAUAUAUUGUUUAUUCUGUACAUUUUAGAGCUUCCAUUUUAAUAGGAUUCAAAAGAGAGAGAUCCACUGG